GACAAAUAGCUGAGGGCAAUUGGAGGAUGCCACGUGAGCUAUGCCAGGUUUUAGUGCGUCUUGGAGAUAGUGUGGCUUUUAUUGUGAUAUAAUAGUAUUAUUUUUAUUAUAUAAGUAUAUUGCAGCGAUGACAACGAAAGCAGUGUUAGUGGUGAUGUGUGUGGUGAUGAUGGUGACCACGAGGGUGCUGGGUGGUGAGCCGAGUGGUGACGUCACUUAUACGAGGAAGCUCACCAUGCCCGGAGUAUCACCACCCACGCCAGAAGAAUACCUGUGCGCGCCGUUUGCGCUGAACCAGACCCAGGAGGAGUGGGUGGUUAAAUUCGACCCCCUCGCCUCGGCCAACAGAGCCCACCACAUGCUGCUCUACGCCUGCUCUGAUGUGCCCCAGACGGACGGAUACUGGGACUGCGGGCACCACGGUGUGUGCAGCAACGGGCGCAUCAUGUACGCCUGGGCGCAGAACGCCCCCUCCACGGCGCUGCCUCAGGGCGUCGGCUUCAGGAUCGGCGGCGCGUCUUGGAUCAAAUACCUGACCUUGCAGAUACACUACGCCACCGCCAUCCCUGAUAUUAGCGACCACUCCGGCCUCAGCAUGACCCUCACCACCACUCCGUUAGUACUACACCACUCUGUUAGUACACCACUCUGUGAGGACCACACGCUGGGGGUUGUGGUGUCUGGGUACACGUACAACACGCAGACCGGCGAGUACACUAAGAUCGCUAAGGGCAACCCGCAGUGGCCGCAGGCCUUCUACCCCAUGGACCGUGCGCUCACCAUCUCCCCUCAGGACAUCGUCGCCUCCCGCUGCACCUACAACUCUACUGCCAGGGACCGCACCACAUACAUAGGAAGCACAAAGAACGACGAGAUGUGCAACUUGUACCUGAUGUACUACACGGACACGGACAAGGGGCAGGAGGGCGCCGUGUGUGGGGGCAACGCCUUCCCUGAGGUGCUGGCCAACCUGCCUCCUGACAACGACCUGCCGCUGCCCCCCAACCCCAUGCUAGAGAUGAAGGCGCAUGGCGAGAACACCAACAAGAACGUCUCAGUCACAUACAAGCCUCUGGCCGAGAGCAGCGAGGUGACUUCACCGCCUAUAGUGACGCACGCCACUGCAGAGGUCACCAUGGCGCCUGCGUCUGUCACCAUGCAACCCAAGCCCAUCACUGUGGAGAAGAAAGCUCACCAGUACGAAAAACUUCCUCCUCAAGAUUUUCUGGAUUACGCAAGUCGAUCAGUCGACCCGAGCGACUAUGAGUACCCCGCGUCCCGCGUGAGUCCCGUGAGAAGACCCGUGAGCUCUUGGGGACCGCGGGGGAUGUACGUCGGGGCUCGUCAGAGACCCUUGCAUCCUCGUGGGGAACUUAGCUUCCCCAAGCCUCAGGGCGGCAUGGCUCCCUAUGAUUCCCUUGCCAGAGGGAGACAGCUCUAUCCUGGUGGGGUUAACCCCCAGGCAGAGUACCAUGUCGUCCCCCAGCAGCCGUAUCUCCAACUCGACCUUUCGAGGGGGAUGUAUUACCCCAGUGGGGAGGCGUACCCGCAGUGGGAGGCUGGGGAGAGCUUGCCUCCCUAUGGGGAGCGAGGAGACUUUGGGGGGCAAGCGCCGGCGAGAGAAAAUGAGUUCAAGCUUCACCCUAAGCCCGUGGGUGCGGGCAAGACAGGCAAGCAGGUCAACGCAGGGACACCCACACCCGCCCCCCUCACAGUUACUGAGUACGCGGUGAAGUCAGGCUGGGCGCAGUCGCCUGCGCUGCCGACGUUGGGGCAAGUGACCGCCGUCGACCUGGACAGCAACAACAACGUCUACAUCUUCCAUAGAGGCGGGCGAGUGUGGGACGGCGAGUCCUUCACGGCGGACAACUACUUGGCCAACAGCUCCGUGCUGGGGCCCAUACAGCAGCACACCAUCCUGCUGCUGGACGCCGUGUCUGGGGCCCUGCUCCUGCAGUGUGGCCAUGACUUUUUCUACAUGCCGCACGGCCUGACGGUAGAUGCUGAGGACAAUCUGUGGGUGACGGACGUGGCCAUGCAUCAGGUCUUCAAGUUCCCCCCGAAGUUCGGGGACGGCAAACCUCUUCUCACCCUGGGCACCUUACUGGAGCCAGGCAGCGACAAGAGUCACUUCUGCAAGCCUGCUGCAGUUGCGGUGCUCAAGAACGGGGACUUCUUCGUAGCGGACGGCUACUGCAACAGCCGCGUCGUCAAGUUCCGGCGCGACGGCUCCAUCGUCACGCAGUUCGGCGCUGCUCCUAAAAACAACGUUCUCAGUCUGAUGAUGACGGCGGUGGGGCAGCCGGCGGGGGUGUUCGUGGUGCCCCACGACCUCGCCCUCGCUGAGGACCACGACGAGCUCUGCGUCGCCGACCGCGAGAACGGCCGCCUCCAGUGCUACGACACCUCCGACGCCCCCGCCUUCAGGAGGGUUGUUAAGCUCCCCCAGUGGGGCAGCAGGCUCUUCACGGUCGCUUAUUCCCCCGUCAACGGAGGCCGUCUGUUCUGCGUCAACGGCCCAUCGUUGUACGGCCAGCAGCAGAAAAUUGAGGUCUUCCAACUGGACUUCAGCUCCGGACAACUGCUCUCUGCCUUCAGUCCUAACGAUCAGGGCUUCUCAUUCGUGCACGACGUGACGGUGACGGCAGACGGCGCAGAGUUGUACGUCGCAGAGAUCUCCCCCAACCUCGUCUGGAAGUUCACAGCAGCGAGGGACCGCUUGACUCUUCCUCUCCGUGACAUCGCCCCUGCUGGCAUCACUCACAGCAUCGCUCACAGCAUCACUGACAUCACUGACAACAUCAAUAAAAUGCUCUCCCGAGUCACCUCCUUCAUCCUCCGUUCGCUGCUGGACGCGCGCCCUCACCUCAAGCCUGUCAAGACGCACGAGCUGAGCGAGGCCUCGCUGCACGCGCAGCAGAUCUUGCACGGCGUGGGGUCAGGCCUCACGAAGCUGGCACCCACGACGAGCACGGAGAGCCCCAAGUGGUCACCUACAGGAGUGUCGGCGGUGGUGCUGGGGCUGCUGGCCGUGCCUAUCAUUGUGCUCACCUCCAUCUCCCUCAUCAUCAGGGUCAAGAAGAGAGGCGCUAUUCACAUACGCAGCAGCCGUAACGGUACAGCAGGCUUAGGGCUCCACAACGGCACUGGGGGCGCUGGGUGGCGCUCUGAAGGCAACGGGCUGCACCAGCUCGGGUCGUCGCUACUCAACAAGCACAGAGGCUUCACUAAACUCGCCACGGAGGACAUCGAUGAACCAAGCUCCGGCGACUCUGAUAUUGAAGAAUUCUCUCAAAUGAGCGCUAAAGCCUAAACUUAGCUUCAUUUCGCAUUAGGAAAAAGCUCUACUACAUUUAGUUACUAUCAGUCUGGGCAAGCGAAGGAUGCUGUUACAUCCUUGCUACUUGUCCUCAUGUGUUGGACUUGUCGUCAUCCUAUCAUUCCGACAAGCGUAGGUCAAAUGUCAACUUCUUAAUUUCCGAUGGAGAUUAACUUGGGAUUCCAGACGACAUCGGCUGCUCGGGAAGCCAACUGGUAAAACUUAUUCUUUCUAACUGACAUUCGGUAUUUUAGUUAUGACAUGACUGGAGUGGAAUGACUGCCAAUAAAACGGUAAUGAAUACUAAAUUGCGCACGAAGCAACAAAAUUAAGUGAAGAUAUUUCACUCUGUGUUGUGUCGGUGAGUCGCUGUCCACGUGCCCAAACAGCUCUGGAUGAGUUGCUUCUCCAUCUGCCGUGCGACACGUUCUUAGUCGCUGCAUAAAUAAUUAUAUUUAAUUGAUAUGUUGAUGUGACCUCUGCUUCAUGAAUGAAAAUUUCAACAGGAAUGAAUGCCAUAUUGCAUAUAUUAUCUUGAUUUAUUGUGUGUCCUCGAAAGCCGCCAUGUUCAUUGUAUAUCGGACGCUGGAGUUUCACUCCUAUUGCGGAGCUGAAUAUCUAAAACUUGACCGGGUUAUACGACGGAAAUAUCAUGGCUAAGAUUCCUACGUAUAAUUUAUUCUCAGUAAUCCUCAACAAUCGAGCAAGAUAUGUUAUUUACAGAUGGCCGCUCAUCUCGGGUAAUAAUUUGUCUUUGGUGCAGUUCAGGAUUGUGUUUCAUGCUUUUAGUAUUACUGUGGUAAUACUCAGUGGUAUGAUACUUCACUGCCAACACAUUCCGACUGUUCAUACGACCUGAAUUAUGUUCUUAUCUGCUGAAUUAUUACCGAGUAUGAGGAACACGAGAAAUAGAAACUUGUGACUUAGAACAUUAGUUAACUUGUCCCAGCUCUAGUUAUUGGUUGCUACUGAAAAACGAGGUGACAUCGACCAUUUUUAGCGCUUACUUUUUUGUGAUACCAAUAGUCAAGUAGUAAAUGUAUAAAAUAUUAUAUCUCUUUAUUGCAUUUGUAGGUUAUCUCAUAGUACUUCAAGAGCCAUCAACUCAAUUUUUCUAAGGCAAUAACUUUUUGAGUAUAUAGUUUUCUUGUCUUAAAUGUCCAAAUGGUCCAAGUCAACCCGUUUUACGGUACCUUAUUAUGACUGGACAAGUCAACCAAUGUAGACAAUGUCUGUACACCUAACGGGACAAUUAGAUCAACUCAGCGGGGAGAAAUCAAUCAUGCUUAUGAAGAGCUUUUCAUAUAUUUACAAUGCAUGAGUUAGAAGCUCCACCAUUAGUGUUCAGUACUCAUGCGUCGCUGCACGCCACAAAGGCACGACAUGAAGCAAUGACUUGCAUUCCUCGUCUUAACCUGCGCUGUGUCCAACAUUGGGACGAUGUUUGGUCCGGGCUAUCUUGAUUAUCUAACAGCGAUAACUACAAUUUAUUUGUUUUAAAUACAGGUGUUGAGAUCCUACGAUACAGCGUGUAGAGUAUUGAAUAAAAGUAUUAUGAUCAUCUAACUGCUUGAAGCGCCAAGCCACGAAAAGUUUUAAAGCUAAUUUAAAGAAUGACAAGGAAAUUCACAUUUCCAAUGGAAGCGUUCCCGAGUCCAGGUCCGGCUUUUGGAAGAUGGUCCAUCAACUUUUCUCAUAAGCAUUUCCAAUAAAAAUAUAAUGCAUCGUCAUCAGUUCUCUGAAAGUAACAGAUAUGUUAGCGCUCAAUUUUAUUAUUUUAUGUUUGUUAAAUUUUAUUUUCUAUUAUAAAUCUGUCAUAUUUUUAUAGAUAAAUAUAGUGUGGGUAAUGAAUGGGACAUUUAUUCUAUUGGAUUUUAGCAAGUUGUGCUUGGACUACAUGCCUGUGAUGUGCGUUGUGCAAUUCAUGUUGUUUCGAAGAUAAUUUAAGUUCACUUAAGUGAACGACUUUUAAUGUUAACAAUAUGAUUUGUAUGUCUGAUGUCCGACCUACAUUGUUUGGUUUUAUUGAACAUUUUCAGGAUUGUUAAUGUUAAACUCGUCAAAUUGAUUUUAUGUUGCUUCCACGGAAGAACUAAAUUAACGUGUUACGCAACCAUACAAAUAAGGUAGCGGAUAAUAAGUUACAAGGUAGCGAAUAAGAACGUUCCGAGUUCCAUUAAAUCUCGGCACUCAUAACGACGAGCUAUAACUACUCGGGCCGUGCUCGUAUACAAGAUACUAGUGUUCCUAUCACCGUCAGCCAUCCACUGAGUCUAGCUGUGACACAUGAGUCACAGACGUCGAAUUGCCGCUACGUGUAGCAAGGCUGCUACGUGUAGCAAGGCUGCUACGUGUAGCAAGGCUGCUACGUGUAGCAAGGCUGCUACGUGUAGCAAGGCUGCUACGUGUAGUAAGGCUGCUACGUGUAGCAAGGCCGAUAUGUGUACUUUUUUGAGUUUUAAUAUUAGGGCCCCAAAUGAUCUUGCCACCAAAUGCAUUCCUCUGCACUUCUGGAGAUCAGGAAAAAGCUUUCCAUGUAGACAAAAUAUUUCCGUUUCGUGAAAUUUAAGGUUACAGUCAUUCCAUUUGCAUAGUUGGCUGAAUAGAUGCACAUGCAUUCGUGAUGCUGAAUCCAGAGAAAAACAUUCCACAAUAACAUCCACAUGUCAUGUCGUGAAUAUGGAAAGUUUUUACUUAUAUUAGUGUUACAUUCGCACUCCACGAAAGUUGUUCAACUCGCAGUUGUGAAUGCAAUGAUGAACGUAAAUGCUGAUUAUACCAGUAUAUCCUUAACACUCAAACUAAUUUUACCCCUUCAUUCCUCGGAGGAAGUAUUACCAAAUUAAUAUUAUAAGUCCAUAAGUACUUAAGUAGGAGGCAUAAAUUUGUUGACUUCAAAGUAUUUAAAUCUAGUAUUAAUAAACACGCGAGCUUAGAUGUGCUACUAAGUGAGUGUAUUCACUCUCGUCAUCCUAUGACACUAACACUAAGCGCUUCAGAAUAAGCUUUAGUGCCAGAUACAUUUUUCUACUCUUAUCAUAAGCUUCAAUAAGUCGCCUGCUUUUGAAUUGAAUGAAUUGACGAAGUAACUCAAGGGACACUCUGGGUAAUUAUCCAAAAAACGAUGUAUUUGUGCGCCUGUGUUGCUCAUUCUGAUCGAGUUUGGCCCGGCAAAAGGGCGUAUCAGUGCUACGCCCGCUCUGUGAUCGUGCUCUUGGUAAAAAGUGUGUCAACAUCUGAACAAUUUGACCUUACGUUCAUUUUCCUGGUUGUAGAGCAAUAGUUGUCACCCUGCCGCCAUCGCUCCUGAGAACUGCUUGUCUAUAAGCUAACUUAGUUUUGUGAUCAAUACUUAGAAAAAUUAAUGGUUUUACUAAAAUUAAUGUAUGAAUUGUGUCCGAAUAGUGACUCUUUCUGCACUCAUCUCUGAUAUGCCCAAAUUGGCUCAGGAAGACCCACAACAGGGCUAGAAGUGCAUCGCUCAUAAGACUCUGUCUCAUUCAGUCUUUUGUGUGUACCGACGUGCAGAGAAGGAAGUGUAUCUUUCUUACCAGCUCGUAGCGUCGCGGCAGCAUGAGAGGUAAAUGCCAACACCGUGCGCUCUCUCACUCAUUACCGAUGUUUAACUGCACACAAACUUUCAAAUGGUGGUUAUUAUAGGUAAUUAUUACUGAAUAACGAAGAUGAACUAUUUCUUUAAUGGUUAUGCUUAUGGUAAACCUCAUGU